UCUACCUAAUUCUUUGUCAUUUUUGUUUUUACUUGUGUAUUGCUUAUCUGUUUACCUCAAAAGUCGUCGUACCGUGUGGAGUUUUUUCUUCCCUGGAUUUCAGCUAUUUCGAGUAGUCAAGCAAGUUGCUAUGCCUUAGCUAGCAUAACCUCUUCAGCUAACUCUAGAGAGAGGAGCCCACAGAACAGGAACAGCAGUUCAUGGAAGACAAGAAAAGGAAGAAAGAGGAUACAAGAGAACAGGACACUUCUCACAAGGUUACUGAACAGAAAAAAGAAGAAUCAACACCUUUGUCAGACUCAUCUCCAGCUGCACUCAACUGUCUGUCAGCCUUCCCUGGCACUUCGUCGGCAUCACCCCCCUGCUCUGCCACUGGGGUUUCCCCUGCCCCCGCUCAGGGUGGGAACAAUGCAAAACGGGCAGCUGUGGCCAACGGACAGUCCUCCUCCGGAGCCCAGCGCUAUAUGCCUCGUGAAGUUCCCCCCCGUUUCCGCAGCCAGCAGGACCACAAAGUGUUACUGAAGAGAGGCCAGCCACCACUGUCCUGCAUGCUUCUGGGGGGCAACCACAGUGGGGAGACCACACCCCCACUCUCAAAGAAGGGGCACCCCAAUGCAAGCACAAGCGAAACCUUAGAUCCUACUGUAGAUCCAACCACUCCUCACUCCUCGUCCACGUUAAUUGUUGCCUCUGCUGCUUCAACUUAUGCAAAUUCCGUAUGGGGCUUGGGCUCUGCUGGCCAGCCCCCCUCUCAGGGCAUGGACCAAGUAGUGGUGGAUGGCUCAGAUCUUGAGGCAUGGCCCACUAUUCAGGAGAGUGGAGGACAGGACAGCAGUGCCUCAUGGUGUGAUGGACAUACUACACGGCAGAAGGAGGCCACGGUGUCAGGAACCGGUUUAGGAAAUGUUGACCCAAAUGGUCCUUCUUCAGCAAGUGAGGGCACAGAGUCCUGUGUUACAUGGGGGCUCUCCUCUCAGGCAGAUGUUGUUAGCUCUGCUGGAGAAGGCGCUCUGUCUGCAAGUUCCAAAGUCUCUCCUCCUUCUGGGACUGAGGAGGCUCCUCUUUUCACCAGCAGUGUGAUCCCAGGUGCCAACUCAAAUCCAAAUUCCACCCUUUCGCCCUGGUCUAACCCAAUGCAAGAUGGGAUAGAAGCAAUUGGUGCAACUGCCUCAGAGAAGGAGACCUCAUCACAGCUUACCACUGAGGGUUCCCAUUUCAGUCUGUUGAGCCCAGCGAACCAACAGCAUCAAGCACACGAAAACUACCGCCAGGAUGAAGGGCACACUGAUGAUUGGGAUGGUACAAAGUCAGAGCAUGAAGCAGGACCAAAACAAAAAGGUGAUGAUAAAGACUGUGGAGGGGGAAUACUGCCUCCUCCUUCCUUAAACUCAAACCCAGGUGCCUCGGAGACAGAUGCGUGGGACAAAGGAUCAGAGAGUGGAUCUUCCCGAGAUGGUGGAAAAAUGUGGGGUUGUGGGACCUCUGGUGAAAGCACAGGACUGUUGGGGGUUGAAGCUUGGGGGCGGGGAAAUGGAGGCAGCUGUAAUACCUUUGGGGUAUCUCAGGGAGCAUGGGAUGAGGAUGAAGGCAGUUUGCCUGAGCCGAGAGCUGCAGGAUGGUCCUGUAACUCAGUUGCUGGAAGUGUCACUGAAGAUGGUAGCUGCAAUCACAGUGACUGUGGAGGAAAUGAUGGCAAUUCACAGGAGUCCUCAGCAGGCUCUGCAGCUUUUGCGAUCAUGUCAAGGGCUCCAGAUAAUCAGAAAGGGUCAGAUGCAGGGGAUGAGACAGCUGGAGAGUUGGAAAGUCAGGGAAGCAGUGGAGAGGGGACACAUUCCCACAAUCAGCACCGUGAUAAGGCCAAGAGCCACCCUGGAUGCAAGUCCUAUAACCCAGAAGUGGCCUUAGAGAACAUGCUCAGUCGGAGUGACUUGGAUCCCAGAGUGCUUUGCAACAGUGGCUGGGGGCAGACCCAGAUUCAGCAGAAUGUAGCCUGGGAUCUUGAGACAGAAGAAGGUGGGCGCAGUGCCUCUGCAAAUUCUUCUUCGACCACUAAUUCUUCGACUGAAAACCCUUCCUCCUUUGGAAUGCUGUCUACAGGAUUUGCUUGUGGAAAUUCAAGAAGAGGCAGGACGGAAGGAGAUGACUCCAUGCCUCACAACCCCAGCAUGCAGAAAUCUGAAGGAUUGGUGAUCAACCUGGGAAGGAAGGCUGGUACUGGAGCAGGAGAAACCCAGGGGUGGGGGAGCGAGGUUCAAGAGUGGGGAGAGCACAAAGAGGAGGGAAGAAAUGGGAAAGGAAGAGAUUGGGGUAAUUAUGGGGAGAAGAGUACCCCUGCGGGUGGGGAAGGUAGUGGCUGGGGUGAUGGUAAGGAAGAUAAAGGGAUCGGCGGAUGGAAGGAGUUGAAAAAAGAUGGAGGAGGUUGGGGAACAGGUGGUGGAAGCGAGUGGGAGCAAAGAGAUCUAGGUAGUGGGGGCUGGAGAGACGGGCGUGGAAGUGUCGGCGGGAGUUCUGCAGGCAGCCUGGAUGAUGGUUCCUGGGGUGGCUGGGAUGAGGGAAAACCGAGGAAAGGCUGGGUGGGAAGUGGGAGCGAUAUGGGUGUUAAAUCACCCCAGGGCUGGGGAGACAAGCCAAACCCAUCACAGAUACCAAACAACCAAUCAAUCACACUUAAAUCCCCAAAUCAGCAGCAACAAUCAGAGACAGCAACCAACUUGAGGGCCUUGCAAGAGGGCAGAGGGCGACAAAGAGGUCCUCCUUUCCCAAACCAAAGCUCGGGUUGGACGUCUGGCCCCAUGCCCCAUGUGUCCUCCCCUUCUGAGCCUAGCGGUUGGGAGGAACCGUCGCCACAGUCCCUUAGCCGAAAGAUGGAAAUUGAUGAUGGCACUUCUGCUUGGGGUGACCCCAGUCAUAGCAAUAGCAGAGUUGUGAAUCUCUGGGACAAGAACAGUUCUCAAGGCCAGUCCCAGCAUCAACAACCCCCUAAGAGGCAGCCUGGAGUUUCUGCUAACCACGACAAAAGCUCUGUACCUGUAUCUUGGGGAAGGAGUGGUACCACAUUAGACCAAACUAUGGACAAUGGCACCUCUGCCUGGGGGAAGGCUUGCGAUGCCCCAGCUGGUUGGGGAGAGCCAGAAGAGCCUGGGAAAGGAGGUGGCUGGGGAAACUCCCAUGCUAAGUCUGGUUCUAAGUCUAUGCAAGAAAGUUGGGGUGAAGCGGAGAGUACAAUGAGUGGAUCCCGGCACAACAGCUGGGAUGAGGAAGAUGGAGGGACAGGCAUGUGGAACAACAGGGUCUCCCAGGGAAGCAACCCCUCCUACAGCUCUGGGAACUGGGGGCAAGGACAUGGAAACAAAAGGAGCAACACCAAGGCUACUCAGAGGGGUGGCGGUGGGGAUUCUUGGAUGAAUCCUGUGACUCGACAGUUCUCAAAUAUGGGAAUUGUGGAUGAAAACCCAAAUACUGCACAGGAUAAAAAUGACAAGAGAAGGAUGAAUGACUUCAGCAGAGACAUGCAGAGAGGAAAAGGUGGAGGUGUCUUCCGUUUACCAAAUUCCAAAGAGGCUGGACCUGGGGAGACUGGGCCUUACUUUGAUAAGGUUUUUUGAUUUGUAUUUAUUUAUUUAUUUUUUUACCAAGUAUUUACCAAAAACUACCACGCAGGACACAUUUGUUUUGUCAUGAGCGGUCAUGGUGCUUUUGGUGGUAGAGGUGGGAUCCACCAGCCCAGUGUCAACCCCAUGAACCUUUCCCAAGGGAUGCGUGCCCAAGUGCCUCAUCAGUUCCUAUCCCCUCAGGUUCCAGGUCCCAUGCUGAAACAGAUGCCGGCGCCCAGUGGAAACAUGGUUGGGGGUGGCCUGUUCCCUCCUCCUCUCUCCCCACAGCACUUAGCCAUGCUCAGUGGCAUUCACCCACAGAUGCAGCAGUUCCAGUUGGCUUGUCAGCUCCUCCUGCAAAGCCAGAGGAAGUUUCCACAACCCCCACGCCAGCAGCAUGAUCCACAACAGUUGGCCAGGAUCAUGGCUAUUUUGCAGCAGCAGAGGCAGCAGCAACAGCAACAGCAACAGUCAUUUGGAAUAGGUGGUAACAGUUUUGGUGGCUCCAAACCAUCUCCUUCUCACUUUGGAGGGGGGCCACAGAGACACCCCAUGGGUGACCCGCUCCUCCACCCAUCUCUAGCCGAUCUCAGUGCCAAAACACAGGGCGGAUUUUCAGGGCUGGGUACUGGUGGGGGUUUAUCUGGGCUGGAUCCAGGCCCAGGCCUGGGGUCUGUCGGGGGUGGGCGAGAUACAGGCGGACAGCAAUCUCGCUACAAGUGGAUGGUGGAGAACCAGACAUUAGCCCCCUCACCACCAGACCCUGCUCUUCACAAAAAUGGCCCUAUGCCUGGUCCAGUAAAGUUCAGAGGAAGUUCUCCAUACUCCCAGUUUGAGCUGCUGGGAGGUGAUGGUGUGGGGACAUCCCCACAUGCUCUUGCUGACAACUGGCAUCGAACACCAGGGAGCAAACUAGGCACUGCCCCCGGGACACCCUGCUGGCCACCAGAGUUCCAGCCGGGAGUGCCCUGGAAAGGAAUGCAGAGUGGUGACCCUGAUCCUUACGUGACACCUGGGGGUAUUCUGGGCUCCCCUGGCCCACCAAGCCUCAGUGACCCUGAACACCAGUUACUGCAAGACAACACAGAUCUAAAUCCCUCUCUGAACACCUUACUGCCUUCACCAGGUGCCUGGCCCUACAGUGCCUCAGACAGCCCUCCUACCCCACACAGCUCAGUAAAGUACCCGGAGUACAAGUCUAGUUGGCCUCCCGAGCCUAUUGGACACAGCAAGUCGUGGAGGACCAAUCGUAACAGCUCCCAUCCACCACGACCUCCUCCUGGUCUCACCAAUCAAAAACAGACGACUUCUUCCUCUUGGCCAGUCGGGGCUCCGCGGCUGCCUAAAGGUUGGGCAGUUGGAGGACAUGACCAGGAGAUGAGAUUUGGGCCAGAAGUGACAUGGAGUGAUGGUGGAGUCUCUGCUGGAAGUUCUUGGCUUUUCCUGCGGAAUCUCACCCCUCAGAUUGAUGGCUCCACACUGCGGACGAUAUGCAUGCAGCACGGGCCUCUGUUGACCUUUCACCUUGACCUGGCUCAGGGCAGUGCUCUGAUUGGCUACUGUAGCAGACAGGAAGCAGCCAAAGCCCAGAAUGCACUUCACAUGUGCGUUUUGGGCAACACCACCAUCCUGGCAGAGUUUGUGAACGAGGAGGAAGUGGCCCGUUACUUUGCUAAUUCCCAGGCUGGGUUGGCUCACGAUGCCACGCCCGAUGUGUCACUGGGGUCGGACUCGGGCGUGGUCACGGGUGUGGCCGGCUCCAGAGAGAGCGGGAGAGACAGAGAGAGAGCUGGAGGCGGAGUGAUCGGCGUUGGAGGCGGAGGUGGCACAGAGGGUGGAGUCGGGCCCUCCGGUGCCAGCUGGCAAAGUCUAGACGUUUCGGGCAACUCUUUAGACGGCCCGUCAGGCCAAGGCCCUGUGCUGGGCGUCUUUGCCCAGUGGAGCAGUAGUGAGUCAGCAGAGAUGGAGGGAGGGGCUAUCGAGGCAGGGGGGGCAGGACUCUGGGGGGGUGUGACCACAGGUUACCAUGGCGGCAGCCUGUGGGGUGCUCCUCAACUAGAAGACAGCCCAGCGGGUCUGUUGCCAGGCGACCUGCUGGGAGGGGGCACCGACCCUAUAUGAACGGCACAGAUCUCACUAAAGUCCACCUUAAAACACACUGGUACAUGAACUUAGUACUUAAGCACACACACACACACACACACACACACACAUACACUGAUGGGUCAUAUUAACAUAAAUAUAUGUACACUGGAAGACUUAUCUACAAUGAUUUUGCAUAUUUCAAUUCAGACCAUUUUUUACACACACACACACACACACACACUCACACUCACACACUCAUGUGCAGUGGCAGAAGCGUGUGAGAUGCUUACAGACAUUCUAAUGGCCAGAUUUAAGCUAUAAUGUAAUUGAAUGCAGGGACUGUUGUAGAGUACAAGGCCUUCUUUUCACAAAUGAAGAUUCAAACUGCUGGAACUUGAACUUUAGUUUAUCACAGGCUGUUAGUCUGCCAGGACUGGCUCACAUUUUU